GGGCAGUGAAGGGAAGGUGUUUGCGGUGCCCGUUGUGUUGUGUGUGUGUGUGUUCGUGUUCUGAGGUGAAAGAACAGAUCAUGGGCUGCUUCUUCUCCAAGAGGCGGAAGCAGGCCAAAGAGGCAAAGGCUGGCGCGGAGAGCGGAGAUCGGAAUGGCUCUCUGUCCGCCGAGGCCGACAAACAGCCACAGUAUAGUUGGGACCAGCGAGCCAAGAUUGAUCCAAAAGAUUACAUGUUUUCUGGACUCAAGAAUGAAACAGUUGGACGUUUACCUGGGAAAGUUGCAGGGCAACAGUUUGUCAUUCAGGACUGUGAGAAUUGCAAUAUUUAUAUAUUUGAUCAUUCUGCUACAAUCACUGUUGACGACUGUAUAAACUGCCAAAUUUUUCUAGGACCUGUAAAAGGCAGUGUGUUUUUGCGUGACUGCAAAGACUGUAAGUGUGUUGUGGCAUGCCAACAGUUUCGUACUCGAGACUGCCGAAAGAUAGAAAUAUUUCUGUGCUGUACCACCCAGCCCAUUAUUGAAUCUUCUACAGGUAUGAAAUUUGGAUGUUUCCAAUACUAUUAUCCAGAGCUGGCUUUGCAGUUGAAAGAUGCUGGGCUAAGCAUCUUUAACAACACAUGGAGCAAUAUCCAUGACUUCACACCAGUUUCAGAAGAAAAUAAUUGGGGUCUUCUAGCUGAGGAUGCUUUAGUUCAAGACUAUGUACCAUUGCCGACUACUGAAGAAUUAAAAGCUGUGAGGGUUUCAGCUGAUGCCAACAAGAGCAUAAUUCCAAUAACCCUGGGAGGACGCCAAAAAAAAAGUGAGGAAUCUUGCUUUGUAGUGUUCUUUGCUGGAGACUAUACAACUGCCAAUGCAAGGAAGUUAAUUGAUGAGAUGACUGGCAAAGGCUUUUGGCUGAUACAGACAAAAGAGAUUUCAAUGAAAGCUGAUGAUGCUCAACGAGUGUUCCAGCAAAGAGCAUUUGAAUUCACCCCUUUACUUGACAAAGGUCCUGUUGUUGCUUUAGAGUUUAAUGGAGAUGGUUCUAUAGCAGCCUGUCAAGACAUUGUUGUCAAUGUCUUUAGUGGAGCUCAGGUUUUUGUAUCUGAGGACAAGUUGUCUGCUUCAAGAGAAAUAGAGUGUUUCUAUAAUUUUGCUGAUAUGCAGAUGGGAAUGUGAAAGAAACAAAAGCACCUUACUGAAAAAUAUCUAAUAGUUGAGUCAAGCAUUAGGUUUGUACAACACUCUGAAUUAAGUGAAUUUUUUUUAACCUUUUUUGCCUUUUCCUUUUAAUACUGAUUUUUCAGUAAAACUAUAAAAUUUAAGAAACUAAUCGCUCUUAACUGUAAUGUGAUUAUUUCUUUCCUGCAUAUUAUAUUUUAAUAUUAUAAUAUUUUCAGCUAUAAUGGUACACUAGAUGGGAGUAUAGAUGUUAGAAAGCUGGUGCAAAUUGAAGAUUUUUUAUGUAUGUUUGUAUCUUUGAGCAUAAACUCAAUUUCACAAGGGCAUGUUUACAACAUUGAACAAGCAUUACUAACAAUUAGUAUGUCCUGAAAUUUUCAAACAUUUCACAUGAAAUCAAUAUCAUUCAAAAGAUUUUAAUUCUGGUAGCUUUGUCUUAUUAUACAAAAUUAGCAACAAUGAGAAAAAUAGUUAUUUUAACUUUUGCUCUCAGUCCAACAGUGACUUUCAAUUAUUUGAUUAUGCUUGAAUGACAUAACCGUUCAAGAAAAGGCAUUUGUGGAAACAGGCAAGGUCUUGCUAUGGCUUCUGAUGAGUAUCUUCAACAGAGGAUUUUAUUGCUGUUGUUACUGAAUUUUUGUGGGACUCCUGCUUCAGAUUUUUGUAUAUUUUUUUCCAAAUAUAUUCAAUUCAUAAAUACAGAUCUUAUAGAAAUGAAUGUGACCUGCAGGUCUGAUCCCCAUUUUACAAAUCUUUUUCUGAUCCAGAGAUACAAGGCUGCUAGAACAGCAUUUCUCCCCAGGCUGAACUUUAUCUUAUUUUCUCAAAUAAUUUCUUCUUCUUUUACAUGCUGAGUUCCUCUCCAAAUACAGGGGAGUGGUGGAGCUCAUAAACUGCUUUUGACUGCAAAAAACUGAGAGUAACAUUAAGCAAAUAGUGAUUCUUAAAUAUAUUUAAGACAGAACACGGGUCACAGAGGAACUCUAAUAUCAAUAUCCACUCAUUAACAAACAAGAAACUGAAAUGUAGGCAUAUUACACAGCCUGUUCCACCCAAACUCCAUGCACAUAAUGGAAUAACAUGAUUCUUUCAACUCAAACAGAGGGCACUUCAAAAUUUCCUCAUAAACUUACUGUUUAUUAAAUAAAGGUUAAAAAAAAGCAUUUACACAAAUCUUUUUUCAGUAUUUCAGAUAUAUUAUCUAUACCAUUGAAGUGGUUUUAAAUGAUCAAAUAUAAAUUAUGAGAAUUAAAAAAUAAUAAUGCAAUCAGUUUAUCACUUGUUCAGAGUGUAGCAAAACGGUUUUUAGCCAUGCUGUAGCUGCCCAGGAGCUUCCUUUAAAUAAGAGUAAAUGUUGCUGUUUAAGGAUUGUACUGCAAAUUUACUGAUAUAUGAAAGUUUGAUAUUUUACACAACUGUAAAAUUAUUUUCUUUUGUAUAGUUAAAUGUUUUAUAUGUAAAUACUGGUUUCUUUCUUAUAUUAGCACUUUAUGUUGGAUAAAGAUUGUGUAUAGAAUUUUUACCUGUACAUUUUAACAGAAAACAACUGUAAGAGGAAAAAAGAGAAGAAAAUUUCUGCAUUGUGCAGUCAAUUUAAUCAACGGAAGCAUCAGACAUUUACUUGUUUUUAUAUUAUCAAAAUGGAAGGACUCAUGAAUUAAUUUCUGAAUUGUUAUGUAUUUAAUAUUGUUUAUGAAUUGAAUUUAUUGGUACUAUAGAAUUUAAGAAAAAUUUAUACAGUACAUUAUAGCUUUUAUAUACAACUUGUCUAGCAUUUGUGAAAUGUGCUUUAUAAUAAAUACUUAAAUGAAAGCUUC